AUGGAACCAGCGGCUGUCACCAAACUUCCUGGCUUCGGCCUCCCGAUUGACUUUCUCCCCGAUAAGCAGCACCGCUUCCCCGUGCUAGUGGGAAACUCCAAGAUUGACAUCAAAGCCAACACGCUCACGAUCCGAGAGCUCUGCAUGCUGCCGUUCAUCGAGGAGAUCACCAACAAGCCGGAUUGGUGGAAGGCUGAGGCUCUCGAGAUGAACUGGGCCGCCUUUGUCAAGCAUACUGAUUUUACGCCCACGGCCGACGCCGUACGUUGCAUUCAGGAGCUCAAGCUCAAGGCUGACCUGUUCCAGAAAACUCACCUUGUGUCCGUCUUUGACUACACGGCUGCCGUUAUCAAGUCUGAUGACUUGGUCCCAGAGCAUCUCUGGCAGGCGCUGAAGCAGGGAGCCGAAGUCUUGGAAGACGUGCCCGACGGUGAAAAAGACUGGCAUCCAGGAAGCGAAGGAAAGGUGCUACACCCUUCGUUGUGGCCCUUGGUCUAUGGAAAGUCUCGCAUCCUGCCCGACCGACGCAUCGGUCCAUCUGACGCGCUUGACAACUGCGGUACAGGAGACGUCAUCCAAGAGCCGGAAAGCCCAAAGGCCGCAAUCGGCACUGCACUUCAAACGAAUCUCAGUGGCUGCCAACCAGGCGCACCUGCGCAAAGUCCCUCCACGCCUGCGAGCCAAAGCUCUGCCUACGAAGACCCCUACAGCAAUUCUGAGGUGGAGGAGGAGGAGGAAGAAAGUGAUGAUGGGGGUGAUGAAGACGAAGAAGAGGAGGAGGAAGAGGAGGAAAAAGGGGGGGGGAGCAGAACGACAGCCGAAGAGAGGGCCGAUGCUGCAAAGAAAUAUACCGGAGACGAGGGAGACGACGAGGAGGACGAAGACGAGGAGCGCGACCCCAACCACGUUUCCGAAAACAAAGUCAAGCGUCGCGACUGGCGCUGGUUCUACAAAACCCAUCCCGUCAACGCCCCCGAGCCCAGGCCAACCUACCCAGCCGCCGCCUCCUCCAUCAUCGUCAAGCUGGCCAACAUCCACCUCACGCCGGAAAAGCCCAGCUACGACGGCGGAUCGUGGCACGUCGAGGGCCUGCUCAACGAGCACAUCUGCGCCACGGCCCUCUUCUGCCACGACAACGACAACAUCACCGACAGCCACCUCGACUUGCGCACGCAGGCCAACCGCGAGGGGCUCGACAACGACUACCUGCAGUACGAGCAGGACGACUGGCGCACCAUCCAGCGCACCUUUGCCAUCGGCUGGCCCGGCGGCGGCUCGACCGUCCAAAACGUCGGCAGCGUCCUCCAGCACCACGUCGCGCCCUUCCGCCUCGCCGACCCUGCGCGCCGCGGCCACCGCAAGAUCCUGGCCCUGUUCCUCGUCGACUCGGCCGUCCCCGUCAUCUCUACGGCUAAAGUGCCCUCGCAGCAGGAGCACUGGUGGCUCGACCGGCUGGCCCUCAGCACCGGCAGGCUGCCGCCCGAGCUGACCGCCAUGAUGCUGCGCAACGUCGAGUUCCCCCAUGGACGAAGAGGCGGCAAAGGCCCUGAGGCGGGAGCUGAUGGAGAGGCGGUCGGCGCACGAGUUUCAGACGGCGGAUAG